AUGAGCUGGGCUUUAGAAGAGUGGAAAGAAGGCCUGCCCACAAGAGCUCUUCAGAAAAUUCAAGAGCUCGAAAGACAGCUGGAUAAACUAAAGAAAGAAAGGCAGCAAAGGCAAUUUCAGCUUGAAACUCUGGAGGCAGCAUUGCAGAAACAAAAACAGAAGGUUGAAAAUGAAAAAACAGAGGGCACAAACCUGAAAAGAGAGAACCAAAGCUUGAUGGAAAUGUGUGAAAAUCUAGAGAAAACAAAACAGAAGAUUUCUCAUGAGCUUCAAGUCAAGGAGUCACAGGUGAAUUUCCAGGAAGGACAACUGAAUUCAAACAAAAAACAAAUUGAAAAACUGGAACAAGAACUUAAAAGGUGUAAAUCUGAACUUGAAAGAAGUCAACAGUCUGCACCGCCUGCAGAUGUUUCUCUGAAUCCAGGCAGUACACCACAGAAAAUUUUUCCAACUCCACUCACGCCAAGCCAGUGUUAUAGUGGUUCCAAGUAUGAAGAAUUAAAAGAAAAAUAUAAUAAAGAAGUUGAAGAACGGAAAAGAUUAGAGGCAGAGGUUAAAGCCUUUCAGGCUAAAAAAGCAAGCCCUGCUAUUCCCCAAAGCACCAUGAAUCACCGAGAGAUGGCUCGACAUCAGGCUUCGUCUUCUGUGUUCUCAUGGCAACAAGAGAAGACCCCAAAUCGUCUCUCUUCUACUGCUCGGAAAACUCCGAUCAGGAGAGAUUUCUCUGCAACUCGCCUUGCUGAGGAGCAGGAGGUGACUCCAAGUAGACCAACUUUGCAUAUAGGGAAAAAAGACAUGAAUAGCAGCUUCUGUGAUAAUUCUAGCAAUUUUCAUCUUCUGAAUCAACUGAAAGCCCAGAAUCAAGAGCUAAGAAGCCAAAUUAGCGAAUUGGAACUAAGUCUACAAGGACAACACAAAGAAAUGAAAAGCCAAGUGAAUAAACUUCAAGAGCUUCAACUCCAACUGGAGGCAGCGAAAGUAGAAUUAAUUGACAAAGAGAAAGUUUUGAACAAAAAUAGGGAUGAACUUGUGAGAACGACAGCACAGUAUGACCAGGCUUCAACUAAGUGUACUGCAUUGGAACAAAAACUGAAAAAAUUGACUGAAGAUUUGAGUUGUCAGCGACAAAAUGGAGAAAGUGCCAGAUAUGCCCUGGAACAGAAAAUGAAGGAAAGAGAAAAGGAGUUUCAACAGGAGCUCUCCCGUCAACAGCGAUCUUUCCAAACACUGGACCAAGAGUGCAUUCAGAUGAAAGCCAAACUCACCCAGGAGCUUCAGCAAGCCAAGAACACGCACAAUAUCCUACAGGCUGAACUGGAUAAAGUCACAUCAGUAAAGCAACAGCUAGAAAAAACUUUAGAAGAGUUGAAGCAAAAGUUCUGCAGAACUGAACAGGCAUUACAAGCGAGUCAGGUCAAAGAGAAUGAGCUGAGGAGAAGUAGUGAGGAAAUGAAGAAGGAAAACAGCCUCCUUAAGAGUCAGUCUGACCAAAGGGCCCGAAAUAUCUGCCACCUGGAGGAAGAACUCAAGAAAGUCAAGCAGUGUUUAAAUCAGAGCCAGAAUUUUGCAGAAGAAAUGAGAGCUAAGAAUACUUCUCAGGAAACAAUAUUAAGAGAUCUUCAAGAAAAAAUAAACCAGCAAGAAAACUCCUUGACUUUAGAGAAACUGAAGCUUGCUUUGGCUGAUCUGGAAAAGCAGCGAGAUUGUUCUCAAGACCUUUUGAAGAAAAGAGAACAUCACAUUGAACAACUAAAUGAAAAGUUAAGCAGAACUGAGAAAGAGUCUCAAGCUUUAUUAAGUACUUUGGAAUUAAAAAAGAAAGAAUGUGAAGAAUUGAAAGAAGAGAAAACUCUCCUUAAUAGUUGGAAAAGUGAAAGAGAACAACUUUUAAAUCAGAUGGAAUCAGAAAAGGAAACUUUGCAGAAUAAAAUUAAUCACUUGGAAACUUGUCUCAAGACUCAGCAAAUAAAAAGUCAAGAAUACAAUGAAAGAGUAAAAACAAUGGAAAUGGAAAGAGAAAACCUAAAUGUCGAGAUCAGAAACCUUCAGAAUGUGAUCAACAGCAAGAGUGUAGAACUAGAGGCACAGAAACAAGCUUACAUAGAACUACAGCAGAAAGCUGAGUUCUCAGAUCAGAAACAUCAAAAGGAAAUAGAAAAUAUGUGCUUGAAAACGUCUCAGCUUACUGGGCAAGUUCAAGAUCUAGAACACAAGCUUCAGUUACUGUCAAGUGAAGUAAUGGACAAAGACCAGCGUUACCAAGACUUGCAUGCUGAAUAUGAGCACUUCAGAGAUCUGUUAAAAUCUAAAGAUUCUUCUCUGGAGAUAAAUGAGGAUCAUAACAGAAGCCUUUUGACUUCUGAACAGCAGGCUACAAUGAAUAAUUCCUUGGCAAAGAUAAUUGGAGAACAAGGAAGCAUGCCUUUAGAAAGGAGUAGACACCAUUUAGAAGCAGACCAAAGUCCCACACAUUCAGCCGUUUUAGAAAACAGAGUCAUUUCACUUGAGUUUUCAUUGGAGUCUCAAAAGCAGGUGAACUCAGAUCUGCAGAAGCAGUGUGAAGAGUUGGUGCAAAUUAAACGAGAAAUAGAAGAAAAUCUCAUGAAAGCAGAACAGAUGCAUCAAAGUUUUGUGGCUGAAACAAAUCAACGCAUUAAUAAGUUACAAGAAGACACUUCUGUUCAUCAAAAUGUUGUUGCUGAAACUUUAGCUGCCCUUGAGAACAAGGAAAAAGAGCUGCAACUUUUGAGUGAGAAAUUAGAAACUCAACAAGCAGAGUAUCAGGAAUUAAAAAAGAGCAGUGGUUUACUUGAAGACUCUGUAAAAGAGCUACAGCUUUUGUCCGAAACCCUGAGCUCAGAGAAGAAGGCAAUGAGUUCCAUCCUUUCUCUUAGUAAACAAGAAAUUGAAGAGCUGACCCAGGAGAAUGGAACUCUCAAGGAAAUUAAUGCAACCUUAAAUCAAGAGAAAAUGAACUUACUACGAAAAAGUGAGAGUUUUUCCAAUCACAUAGAUGAAAGAGAGAAAAGCAUGUCAGAGUUAUCUGUUCAGUACAAGCAAGAAAAAUUCAUUUUACUAAAAAGGUGUGAAGAAACAGAAAAUGCAUAUGAGAAUCUUAGGGAAAACUACAAUGCGCUACAAGAGAAGAACUCUAGAUUAGAAUGCUUGCUAAAUGAGUGCACUAGUCUUUGUGAAACUAGGAAAGAUGAGUUGGAACAGCUGAAGGAAGCAUUUGCAAGGGAUCACCAAGCAUUCUUAACAAAAUUAGCUUCAGCUGAAGAAAGAAACCAGAGCCUAGUGCUAGAGUUGGGGACUGUGCAGCAUGAUUUGAGAUCUGAGAUUACAGAUACCCGAAACAAUUCCAAGGGUGAGGCUGAUGGUUUAAGGCAAGAAAUCACGACUUUAAAGGAAGACCAAAGUAGGAUGCAAAAGGAAGUUAAUGCCUUACUAGAAGAGAAUGAGCACCUAAUGAGGUCAACAGAGACUAAGCCUGGGCAUCAGAAUCUAGACAGUGACUCUGUGAAAGAAACAGAAUGUGAGAUGAAUAAAUCUAGUGUUGAACGUCAGAUGGAUCUUGACAUUAAAGAUACUUCUCUAGAUAGUUAUGAUGCACAAUUAGGACAUUUAGAAGCUGUGAUAAGAAAUAUGGAAUUAAAACUUCAGGAAAGUGAGAAGGAGAAAGCAUGCCUGCAGCAAGAAUUACACAUGAUUCGAGGAGAAUUAGAAACUGGAAAUUUGCCACAAGAUUCUCAGUCACAAGAACUUAGUGGCCUUAAAGACUGCAAAGUAGAUACAGAAGGAAAAAGUAUUUCAGUGCUUCAUCAGUUGUCAACAAGUCAAAAUGACAACACACACCUACAGUGUUCUCUACAAAUAGCAAUGACAAAGCUGAAUGAGCUAGAGAAAAUGUGUGGAAUGUUGCAGGUUGAAAAGUGUGAACUCACAUUUGAGCUGAAUGACUCAAGAUUAGAAUGUAUCACAGCAAGUAGUAAAAUGGCAGAAGAGGUAGAGAAACUAGUAAAUGAUGUUAAAAAAUUAAACAAUGAAAAUGGCCUUGUCCAAGGUGAAUUAGUGAAACAAAUGCCAGAAGACGAAUUUGCUAAACAGCAAAAUGAGCAGAAGUCUGUGUCCUUGAGUCCUUUGGACGACAGUAAUUUCUACGAGCACCUGACAUUGUCCAAUAAAGAAGUUCAAAUGCACUUUGCUGAAUUACAGGAGAAAUUCUCAUUUUUACAAAGUGAACACAAAAUCUUACAUGAGCAGCACUAUCAAAUGACCUCAAAGAUGUCAGAACUACAGUCCUAUGUUGACACUUUAAAAGCUGAAAAUUCGGUCUUGUCAAUGAACCUGAGGAACUUUCAAGAUGACCAGGUGAAGGAAGUAAUGUUAGGAUCUGAGGAGGGGCGUUUUCUGUCAACAUCUUUCUCUUGUGUGACUGACAGCUCUAUUCUUAAAAAUUUCGGAGAAUCCUCUUUCUGUAAAGAUCUUUUGGAACAGACAGGAGAAAUAUCUCUUUUGAGUAAUUUGGAAGAAAAUGCUUCAACGAACCAGUCUAAAGUAGAUGACACAUCCUGUAGCAGUCUGGAAGAGAGUCUGACCCAGAAAGAAAUUCCAUCUACCUCUGUGAGGAGUAUUGAAGAACUAGAGAUCCUCUGUCAGAUGUACUUGCAGUCCCUCAGGAAGCUGGAGGAGGAACUUAAAUGUCAAAGGAUUGUGAAAAAUAAAGAAAUUCAAGAGCUUGAACACUUGCUAAAUUCUGAAAGGAAAGAGAUUGACUGCCUUAGAAAGCAGAAUUUGUCAGAAAAUGAACAGUGGCAACAGAAGCUGAAAACUGUGACUGUGGAGUUAGAGUCUAAGUUGGCAGCAGAAAAGAAACAGAUUGCACACCUGUCACUUGAGCUAGAAGUUGCACGACUCCAACUGCAAGGUCUUGACUUAAGUUCACGGUCUUUGCUUGGCACUGACAUAUUAGAUGCUAUUCAGGAUGGAAAUGAGAGCUGUGACAUAAAAGAAUCAGAAGACUAUACUCCAAAAACUAAAGGAAGAAUACCAAAGCUUGACAUUCAUCAACUUUAUACAGAAGUUAAUCAUCAGGACCACGAUCUAGAGACUGAAAGAAUAAGUGAGCCUGCGGCAGUCAAACAGACAGGUUCAGAACGGUCUAGAGAACAGUCCUCGGAAACCAGUUAUGAGACUCCAGUGGAAGAUAGAACUCAGGGCUGUUCAGAGUGUGUUUCUGAAUUGUCUCUUUCUUAUUCUAAUGCUUUGGGACCGAUGGAUUUUCUAGAGAACCAGGUAACCAUUCAGAAUCUCCAGCUGCAGGUAAAAGAGACAGCCAAUGAGAAUUUGAAAUUACUUCAUAUCAUAGAGGAACGUGACAAAAAACUUGAAAGUUUGCUAAAUGAAAUGAAAGAGUUAGACUCACAAAUCAAUUUACAGAAAUUGCAACUAACUACCAAGAUUGAAGCAUGCAUAGAAUUGGAAAAAAUAGUUGAGCAACUUAAGAAAGACAAAUCAGAUUUAAUUGAAAAAUUAGAAAUUUUCUCCUGUGAUAACUCGGAGUUAUACCAGGAAGUAAAAACUUGGGAAGACCUCAAUGCUGAUAUAGAGAUGACAGAGAAAUUAUCACAUAAAGUGAUUGAAGAUAAUGUGGCUGUGGUAAAUGACAACUGGAAAGAGAAAUUUCUUAAUGUAGAAAAUGAACUAGACAGAAUGAAAUCUGAGAAAACUAUGGAACAGCACACCCUCUCCAUGGAAUGUAACUUAGAGACAUUACAAACAGAGAAGCUGUCUUUAGAAAAAAAUAGUGAAAAUAAGCAGAAAGCUAUAACGUGUCUUGAAGAAGAACUCUCUGUGGUCACAACAGAGAGAAACCAGCUUCAUGGAGAAUUAGAUACUGUGUCAAGAGAAAACAAAGAACUGAGUCAGAUGCUGGAAAGGAUGAAAGAGAAAAUACAAGAGCUCGAAUCUCAUCAUGGUGAGUGUCUGCAUCACAUUCAAGUUGUGGAGGCUGAAGUAAAAGAGAAGACAGACCUCCUUCAGACUUUGUCCUCUGAUGCAAAUGGGCUGUUAAAGGAGAAGGCUCAUCUCCAGGAGCAGCUGCAGAGUCUGGAAAAGUAUUCACAGGCACUGUCUUUGGCUAAAGGUGAGCUGGAAAGCCAAAUUGGACAACUGAAUGGAGAGAGAGACUUGCUUGCAAGAGAAUUAGAAAGCCUGAAGAACAAAUUGAAUGAAUCCGAAAAUGAAAAGGCAGCCCACUGUAAGGCCUUGGAGGCUGCAUUAGUGGAGAAAGGUGAGGUGGCGGUGAGACUGAGCUCAACACAAGAGGAAGUGCGCCAGCUGAGAAAUGGCAUUGAGAAACUGAAAGUCCGCAUUGAGGCUGAUGAGAAGAAGCAGCUCUGUGUCUUAGAAAAACUGAAAGAAACUGAGCGUCAUUCUGAUUCACUUAAAGACAAAGUUGAAAAUCUUGAAAGGGAAUUGCAGAUGUCAGAAGAAAACCAAGAGCUUGUCAUUCUUGAUGCUGAGAAUGCCAAAGCAGAGAUAGAGACUCUCAAAUCAAAAAUAGAAGACAUGACAGAAAUGCUGAAAAGUUUAGAAUUAGCUCUUGUCACAGUAAGAUCUGAAAAAGAAAAUCUAACAAAAGAAUUACAAGAAAAACAAAGUCAAGUGUUGGAAUUAGAGCCCUUGCUUUCUUCAUUUAAGAGUCUAAUAGAAAAAAAGGAGGAANNGAAAAUACAAAUGAAAGAAGAGUCUAAAACUGCAGAGGAAUUGCUUCACACACAAUUGAAGGAAUUAAAUGAAGAAGUAGCAGCCUUGUGUGAUGACCAAGAGAUAUCUAAGGCCAAAGAAGAGAGCCUGAGCUCACCAGUGGAGGGAGUGCGUCACCUGAGAAAUAGCUUUGAAAGGCUUAAAGUCUGCUUUGCAGCAGAUGAAAAGAAGCACUUUCAUACAUUAGAAAAACUACAGGAAAGUGAGUAUAAUGCAGAUUUGCUUAGGGAUAAAGUAGAGAACCUUGAAAGGGAACUGGAGAUAGCAGGAAGAAACCAAGAGAUUGUCAUUCUUGAGUCUGAGAAUUCCAAAGCUGAGGUAGAAACACUCAUGAUGAAAAUGGAAGAGCUGUUCCAAAACCUGAGAGAUCUGGAGUUAGAUCUUGUCAAUAUAAAGUCAGAAAAAGAAAAUCUGACAAAACAGUUACAAACUGAGAAAGGGCGAGCAUCUGAAUUAGAAACCCUGAAUUCUUCGUUUGAAAAUCUACUACAAGAAAAAGAGCAAGAAAAACUACAGCUGAAAGAAGAAUCAAAAAUUGCAGUAGAGUUGCUUCAGGCACAAUUAAAAGAGCUAAAUGAGAAAGUUAUAGCUAUAUGUGUUGACCAAGAGACAUAUAAGGCCAAAGAACAGAAUCUGAAGAGUCAAGUAGAUUCUCUUGAACAUGAGAAGGCUCAGUUGCUACAAGACCUUGAAGAGGCCAAAAAUAAUUACAUUAGUUUGCAGUCUUCUAUGGAUGACCUCAUUCAAGAGGUAGAAGAUGGCAAACAGAAGCUAGAGAAGAAUCAUGAAGAAAUCAGUAUACUAAAAAAUCAAAUUCAAGACCAGGAGCAGCUCACUUCUAAACUGUCCCAGGUAGAAGAAGAGCAGCGACUUUGGGAGAAGCAAAAAACAGAACUGGGGAAUCUGACAAUGGAAUUGGAACAGAAGGUCCAGCUGCUGCAAUCCCAAAAUGCCACUCUGCAGGACACUUUAGAAGGGCUGCAGAAUUCUUACAAGGAUCUUGAGAAGGAGCUUGAAUCAACAAAAAUGGAAAAAAUGUCCUUUCUUGAAAAAGUAAAUACAAUGGCAGUGAAGGAACCGGAGCUGCAGAGAAAAAUACAUGAGAUGGCACAGAAAGCAGCAGUGUUGAAAGAAGAAUUUGAUGGGGAGAAAAAUAGGCUCACUGAGGAGUUAAAAUCAGUGUCGGAAGAAAUGAAGAGCAGCAAUGUUCAAUUGAAGGAGCUCAUGCUAGAAAACAGUGAAUUGAAAAAGAGUUUGGAUUGUGUGCGCAACGACCAGAUAGAGAAAGAGGCCAAGAGGAGAGAAGAAAUAGCUGAAUAUCAGAUGCGGCUUCAGCAAGCCGAAAAGAAACAGCAGACUUGGCUUCUGGAUACAAAAAAACAGCAUGAAGUGGAAAUCCAGACUUAUCAAGAGAAAUUGACUUCUAAAGAAGAAUAUCUAAGCUCACAGAAGUUGGAAAUGGAUCUGUUGAAGUCCAGUAAAGAGGAACUCAAUAAUUCUUUAGAAGCCACCAAUCAGAUUUUAGAAGAAUUGAAGAAAACCGAGAUGGACAAUCUAAAAUGUAUUAAUCAAUUAAAGAAGGAAAAUGAACAUGCCAUGGGGAAAAUAAAGCUAUUGAUCAAAUCCUGUAAACAGCUGGAAGGGGAAAAGGAAAUGUUGCAGAAAGAGCUGUCUCAUCUGGAAGCUUCACGAGAGCAGCAGAAAGCAGGUACUAUUGUGGAUGCUAAUAUAGAUGAAUUAAUGGCUGAGAUGAAAGAACUGAAGGAAACUCUUGAAGAAAAAUCCAAGGAGGCAGAUGAAUACUUGGAUAAGUACUGUGCCCUGCUGAUAAGCCAUGAGAAUUUAGAAAAAGCUAAAGAGAUGCUAGAAACACAAGUUGCUCGUCUGCAUUCUCAACAUAAUCUCCGAAGUUCUCCUUUGCCAAAUUCAGCUGUUCCAGAACCAUCUCCACUCCCUUCUGUUACUGAAAGGAAGUUAUCAGCUGGCCAAAAUAAGGCUUCAGGCAAGAGGCAGAGGUCCAAUGGCGUUCAGGAGAAUGAUGGAGAAUCAACGCCAUCCACACCAGAGACUUUUUCUAAAAAGAGUAGGAAAGCAGCCAGAAGUGGUGUUCAGUGUGCAGGUGACACAGAAGACAUUGAAUUUGAGCCAGAGGGGCUUCCAGAAGUUGUAAAGAAAGGUUUUUCUGAUAUCCCAACAGGAAGGACAAGCCCAUACAUUCUGCGGAGAACAACCAUGGCCACCAGAACCAGCCCCCGCCUUGCUGCACAGAAGUUAGUAACAUCCCCAUUAAGUCUCCACAAAGAAAAUCUUGCUGAGACCUCCAAACCAACAGCUGGUGGCAGCAGAUCACAAAAGGUCAAGGUUGCUCAGCAGAGCUCAACAGACUCAAGUGCCGCCAUCCGAGAAUCCAGCACAAGAUCUCUCUCUGUCAGAAACCUUCCUGAGAGACGUUCCACUAACAGCCCCAGGGAGGGCCUGAGAGCCAAGCGAGACCACUGUGUCCCCAGCCCAGAGGCGUCUGACCUCAAGAACAGUGAGAACUGUAGAGUCCAGUAG